GGUGCGCGGGCUGGGUCCCGGCGCGGGGCGGGCGGCGUGGGGCGUUCGGCCGCCUGCGCCUGGCAACGGCCGGCUGGGCGAGCACAGCACAGCUGCGACCACUUGGCCAACGCCCCCGCCGAGCGGGCGGAUCGAGUUCCUCUCUGGCUGGUGGGCUGCAAGCGGCAGAGCCCGCCCGCACAGCCCAGCUUUUUUCUCUCUACCCGGACUCUCAACUUGACCGCGCGUUGGUCUGUGCGCCCGCUAACGUGCCAGGCACGCGCCGGGGAGCUCCGGGUUAUGCUCCGCGGUGCUACCGGUGACAAGUGUGGUAUCUGGAAUUUGUGUAGUUCUUUGCCCCCUGUCUCAACCACAAACGUUGACGACACAGUAUGGCCAGGGGCCGAGCUCCUCCCUUGCCCACUUUGUUCUCCAGACUGCUAGGAGUCAAGAGUCAGCUUGUCUCCCCGGACUCUUCCUGGGAGGGAUGAGAGGUUUAUGUGAGUUCUACUGGCAGGAAUUUGGCAUAAAAGGUUUCAGUGUAGCUCAGAAGCCAUUUGGAGCCACGUAUGUAUGGAGCAGCAUCAUAAACACUCUUCAAACACAAGUGGAAGUGAAAAAACGAAGGCACCGUUUAAAACGACAUAAUGACUGCUUUGUUGGUUCAGAAGCUGUGGAUGUCAUUUUUUCUCACCUAAUUCAGAAUAAGUAUUUUGGUGAUAUAGAUAUUCCUCGAGCCAAAGUGGUGAGAGUGUGUCAAGCACUUAUGGACUACAAAGUAUUUGAAGCAGUUCCAACCAAAGUCUUUGGAAAAGACAAAAAACCUACAUUUGAAGAUAGUAGUUGCAGCCUUUAUAGAUUCACCACAAUACCUAACCAAGACAGUCAGUUAGGCAAAGAGAACAAACUAUAUUCACCUGCCAGGUAUGCAGAUGCAUUAUUUAAGUCAUCCGAUAUCAGAUCAGCCAGUUUAGAGGACCUGUGGGAAAAUCUGAGUUUAAAGCCUGCCAACUCCCCUCAUGUAAAUAUCUCUGCAACCUUGUCUCCACAAGUUAUUAAUGAAGUGUGGCAAGAAGAAACAAUUGGGCGUCUACUACAACUUGUAGACCUUCCACUUCUUGACUCCUUACUGAAACAGCAAGAGGCUGUACCUAAAAUUCCUCAACCUAAGAGGCAGUCCACCAUGGUCAACAGCAGUAACUAUCUGGAUCGAGGGAUUCUCAAGGCUUAUAGUGACUCUCAGGAAGAUGAGUGGCUCUCUGCAGCAAUUGACUGUUUAGAAUACCUUCCAGACCAAAUGGUGGUGGAAAUAAGCAGAAGCUUUCCUGAGCAACCAGACCGAACAGACUUAGUGAAAGAACUUCUGUUUGAUGCCAUUGGCAGAUAUUACAGUAGUAGGGAACCUCUGUUAAAUCACUUAUCUGACGUUCAUAAUGGAAUUGCAGAACUCUUAGUGAAUGGGAAGACGGAAAUAGCUUUAGAAGCUACCCAGCUCCUUCUAAAGCUUUUAGAUUUCCAAAAUAGAGAAGAAUUUAGAAGACUACUGUAUUUCAUGGCUGUUGCAGCAAAUCCUUCUGAGUUUAAAUUACAGAAAGAAAGUGACAACCGAAUGGUUGUGAAAAGGAUAUUCUCAAAAGCUAUUGUUGACAAUAAAAAUUUAUCCAAAGGCAAAACAGAUCUUCUGGUACUCUUUUUAAUGGAUCAUCAGAAAGAUGUUUUUAAGAUUCCUGGAACUCUACAUAAAAUUGUAAGUGUUAAGCUUAUGGCCAUACAGAAUGGAAGAGAUCCAAAUAGAGAUGCAGGAUAUAUUUAUUGCCAGAGAAUUGAUCAACAUGACUAUUCCAACAAUACAGAGAAGACAACCAAAGAUGAGCUGUUGAAUUUACUAAAAACUCUUGAUGAGGAUUCAAAACUUUCUGCCAAAGAGAAGAAAAAGUUGCUAGGUCAAUUCUAUAAGUGUCACCCAGACAUCUUUAUUGAGCAUUUUGGAGACUGAGUUUUUAAUAUCUGUAUAUAAGUUGUGUAUUUUAAGAAUAAAUUAUGUAUCCUAAAUAUCCAAUCACAUUUGUAAGCAUGGAAGCUCUAAAUUUGAAACUGUACUUAAUAAAAAUUUUUUUGUAUAA